GAAUUUUCUCCCCGAUACCUCCUUUGGACUCGGGACCAUCUCUAUUCCUCACCCAGAAGUUGAGAAACGUUUGAAUCACAGACCCAAAAAGCAAAAACAAAAAAAAAAAAAAUUGAACCCACAAUCGGUUUCUUCCAUUUUCAUCGUUUCCAAUUCCAUUUCCCAAAUUAUCUCUCUAUGACAUUGGAGAGUGGAGCUUGAGAUACUCUGCCAUGGCGUCUAUGAAGCUGGGAUCUAAAUCCGAAGUGUUUCACCUCGAUGGCGAUACUUGGCUUUGUUCAUCUGGGCUUGCAAGUGAUGUGAUUGUUGAAGUUGGGAACACCUCAUUUCAUCUACACAAGUUUCCUCUGCUAUCUAGAAGUGGGGUAUUAGAACAACUUAUUGGGGAGUUUUCUGGAGAGGAUGAGAGAAAAUGUGUGUUGCAACUUCAUGACAUUCCUGGUGGAGCCAGAGCCUUCUUACUUGUAGCCAAAUUUUGUUAUGGGGUUAAAAUGGAGCUCACUCCACUCAAUGUAGUCCAGCUUAGGUGUGCUGCGGAGUUUCUUCAAAUGAAUGAGGAUUAUGGAAAUGGAAAUCUUAUAGCACAAUCCGAGAGUUUCUUGAACGAAGUCUUCGGGAAUUGGAUGGAUUCGAUCAAAGCUCUUGAAACCUGUGAGGAGAGUUUAUCAUAUGCUGAGGAGCUUCAUGUUGUGUCAAGAUGUAUAAAUUCACUGGCAAUGAAAGCUUGUGCAGAUCCAAGUUUGUUCAGCUGGCCUGUGAGCUCGGAAGGUGCUGAGUUCUGGAAUGGAAUACACGUAUCGUCGAAAGCGCGAAAGGUAAGGGAAGAUUGGUGGUUUGAAGAUGUGUCCUUGCUGAGAUUGGACUUGUACAAAAGACUGAUUUUGGAAGUUGGAUCAAGAGGCAUGAAAGCUGAGAUAAUCGCUGGCUCUCUCAUUCAUUAUGCCAGAAGGCAUCUUCCCUUGUUGGGAAGGCAAGGCAGCAUGGAGGACGGAACCUUUAGCGCACCGGUAUCGAACAUUUCGACCUCAUCGGAAGUAGAUCAAAGGAGACUUCUUGAAGAGAUAGUUGAAUUACUUCCUGAUCAAAAGUGUGUGACACCAACAAAGUUCCUAAUUAGGCUGCUGAGAACCGCCAUGAUUUUACAUGCCAGCUUUUCAUGUAGAGAGAAUCUCGAGAAACGCAUUGGGGCGCAAUUAGAACAAGCAGCUCUUGAAGAUCUUCUGAUACCAAACAUGGGGUACUCGGUCGAGACUUUGUAUGAUAUCGACUGUAUUCAACGGAUUCUUGAUCACUUUAUGCUACUCGAUCGUAAUGGAACCGACUGCAUUUCGACUACGGUUGAGGUUGAGGUUGAGGAUCGGCAGUUGAUAGGAUCCAAUUCACAUACUCCAUUGACAAUGGUGGCUAAUCUCAUUGAUGGAUACCUUGCUGAAGUUGCACCUGAUGUUAAUCUGAAGUUAGCAAAGUUUCAAUCACUAGCUGCAGCUAUUCCUGAGUUCGCCCGAGCGUUAGACGAUGGAAUUUACCGCGCUAUCGAUAUUUACCUCAAGGCUCAUCCCUGGCUAACAGACUCUGAAAGGGAACAAAUCUGCAGGGUUAUGAACUGCCAGAAGCUGUCAUUGGAAGGCAGCACUCAUGCUGCCCAAAACGAGAGGUUACCGCUCCGAGUCGUCGUCCAAGUUCUAUUUUUCGAGCAACUUCGACUUCGAACCUCAGUCGCUAGUUGGUUAUUUGUCACAGACAACAUUGAGAAUUCACAUAACAUCAGUGGGAACUUGGCUGCACUUGGUAAAAACAAUGCAGCUGCACCAUAUGCUGCUGCCUGUGCGACCGAAAACUGCGCUUUGGCUGUCGACAACAUGAAAGAGCGGGUCUUGGAGCUGGAGAAAGAGUGCUUGAGCAUGAAGGAAGAGCUGGACAAACUGGUGAAGACAAAGGGUGGGUGGAACAUGAUCUUCAAGAAGUUGGGUUUAAGAAUCAAGUUCAAGCAUUCUGAACACAAAGCACCAUCCAAGCUCCUUCUAAAUUCUAAACCCAAACCCGAACCCGAACCCGAAGUAUCUUCGUCGACAUGACAUCCCCGCUCAUCAAUGGCAAAGAACAUCGUCACAUUAGUGAAUCUGGAAACUAAGUAGAUAUAGCCUUUAUAUUGUGUUUUAUAGCUGUAAUGUUGUAUUUGAUAUCAAAAUCUAAACUCUAAAUUUACUAACCUUUCAUUUUUUAA